UUUCUCUGUAAGGUCCCCUCAAGCAAAACCACCCUGUUUCCUUAAAUUCUGUGUCUUUCUCUCUCUUUGGGUCUCAUCUUGAAAAUUUUCAGGUGUUAAAAUGAGCUAAAAAUAAGCAUUUGCAGUGCUGGUCUUUUGCAUCUUGUGAUUUUACUUUGAUGGCUUCUUUCUUCUUGCCCGGUCAGUGAUAUACAGCUGCUGCUUUUCCCAUUGUCUUGUACCGGGCCGGCGUUUAUUUCUGCUUUUGGAGGCAAUAUUUGUGUGAAUUAAAGCUUGUUAGGACUAAAAAGUGGUGAUAUGAGUCAUUUUAGGUGCUGUUUUGGAAAAAAAGCAUCUCCCCCUAGGCAUCAAAUAGACAUUGAAGAAGAAGUUUCAAACUGGCAGGAUGCUAAGCUAUACACAUAUGGAGAAUUGCGGGUUGCAACGGGGGACUUUAGCCCCUCAAAUAAGAUAGGAAAAGGAGGGUUUGGUUCUGUUUACAAAGGGCGGCUAAAAGAUGGCACUUUAGCUGCUAUUAAGGUGCUUUCUGCUGAGUCAACUCAGGGCGUAAAAGAAUUUCUGAACGAAAUAAUAGCUAUCUCGGGCGUAGAACAUGAAAAUCUGGUGAAAUUGUAUGGGUGUUGUGUGGAAGAGGAUCAUAGGAUAUUGGUAUAUGGCUAUGUGGAAAAUAACAGCCUUUCUCAAACUCUUCUCGGUUCUGGGCACAGCAACAUUCAGUUUAGCUGGAGUACUCGUUCUAAAAUAUGCAUAGGUGUGGCUCGGGGACUCGUAUUCCUCCAUGAAGAAUUAAAACCUCAUAUUAUUCAUAGAGAUAUUAAAGCAAGCAACAUUCUUCUCGACAAAGAUCUCACUCCAAAGAUUGCUGAUUUUGGUCUCGCCAAACUUUUCCCAAUUAAUGCUACUCAUGUCAGCACUCGUGUUGCGGGCACUCAAGGUUAUUUGGCCCCUGAGUAUGCAAUGCGUGCCCGAUUGACAAGGAAAGCAGAUAUUUACAGUUUUGGAGUUCUCCUUUUAGAAAUUGUUAGUGGAAGAUGCAACACCAACAAGCGCCUACCCGUUGGCGAUCAGUUUCUUCUCGAAAGGGCUUGGAGACUCUAUCAAAGCGGGGAGCUUGUUGAGUUGGUUGAUGCAUCGAUAGAAAGUGCCGAUAUUGAUGAAGCUUGUAGAUAUGUGAAGAUUGCUUUCUUAUGCACCCAAGCCAUGACCAAGAGCCGACCAUCUAUGUCAACUGUACUGAAAAUGCUGACGGGAGAGGCGGAGGUGGAUGAUUCGAUGAUCUCAGAACCGGGGUUGUUAUCAGAACUAAUGGGUCUAAGGGUUCAAAAGAAAGAAAAAUUAUUUACAGCAUCAAUUAACUCGGGGAACGAGGGCAAUUCCUCAUCAUCCGGAAACAUGAGUACUGGUAUGACACAGGCAACCAUGACUUACACCUCAAUAAGUGCCCGGAGUACUUGAACCGAGCAUUACAAGGUGAACAAAAUGAACUUAAAUUUCUUUCAUUCAUUUUGAAGGUGUAUAUUUCAUGACUGAGCCUUAUCGUAGUUCAUGACAAGUGUAGCUUCUUCGUACUCCGGAUGUUUUAAGAUGUGUUCAUAGUAUCAUCUGGAGUCGGAGUUGUAAGCAUGAAAUUUUGUACUUGGGUUUCUUCCAUUCCCGCGAUAACUAUCAAGGAAUUCCACAAUGUAGUACAGCAUUGUUCUGAAGCUCAUAGUUAAUAAGGGUUGUAAGGUUACAAGCUUAAUUAUGGUAGUAGAGUUUGGUGCUGUGUGAUGUAUAACUUUCCUUCUAUUAUUUACUGCUUUUUGUACAUUUGCAGUGUGAAUAUAUGCAAAAAUUUCAGUAUUUUUACUGUGU